UUGACGUUAGUAAUCCUUCAAAAUACAUUACAAUGAAGAAUUUUAUGAUAUUCAUAUUUUCUUAUCAAGCUCGAUUAUAUUUAGCGUACGUUUUUAUCGCGUUGAACAUUUUGCAAGUUCUGGCAGGCUGUAUAAUGACCAUCGGAUCAAUUUACAUCUGCCUUGCAGUAACGAAAAAUCUGUACGCUGAGAAAGCAGAAAUUCAGUUUGUUUUUAGUGUGUUCGCCAUAUUUGGAACACAUAUUAUCAUACAAUAUCUGAUUGGGAUUAAAUUGGUGCAGCUUUGUUUUGUUAAAGCACACAAGAGAAGUACAAAAAGGAAUUUAUAUUUAUGGUUGAUAAUUUGCUGUAACACCAUCCUCGAUCUUUUAAUAUUAGCUGGAUUAAUUGUUAGAAUAUCGAAACACAUCGUCAGAUCUAUUCGACAUUCAAUGGAAAAAGGUAUGAGGCAUUAUUUAGCAGAUCCAUUGUGGAAACACACAAUUGAUCAGUGGCAGUUUUCGCUGCGUUGUUGUGGCGUCAACGAUUAUAAAGAUUGGUACAUGAUAUCAUGGUUGGACAAAUAUCGUAUUAAAGUAGAUAGUUCUACGGUAAAAUCUUUAUUGUUGAGUAAAGAUCAUUUGCAUCUUCCUAUUAUUCCUUGGAGUUGUUGCGAUAUUGAUUUUCCAAUGCAAUGUUUCCACGAUCCGCUUCAACAGAUUGAUUCUGUGCACAUGUGGCAGGAGCAACCUGAAGUAACGGAAAUGAGUAUAUAUCGCACUGGAUGUUUAGAAAUUAUACGAUAUCCAAUCGAAAUGUGUUUAGUUAUAAUACUGGCUAUAUGUGUCAUCUUGCUUUUUAUACAAUUGGGUAUAGUAAUUAUCUCAAGAUUCUUGUAUACGUCAUGUCGCAAUGCAGUAAUUAUGCGGAAUUGUCUGGGUAAGGCACCUGGAUGGUUAUUUACCAGAGAUUGUUUGGCUGAAAAGCGUGGAAGGACAUUAUCUGAGAUAAUGUUUGACCUUGAACAUCAUGCUGAAAAUUCCAACGAAUCAGAUGAUGAUGCAAGUGCAGAAACAAGUGUAUUACUAAAAGCGACUAAUCUGCAACAACUUACAUCUCAUCCGAGUUCUCGUCCUCCACCAAUUUCAACCAGACGAGAAUCCCUAAUGAAAAAUAGAUUCGGCGCAGCUAAUCGACACAAUGUUCCAUAUAGACCUUCUUUAAAUUCAUCCUCAUCCAUGAAACACAACACCCAGCACGCACCGCGUGUUCCGCCCAGAAGAGAAUCACAAACCAAACCACCACUUCAUAAAAAACGAGAUUCUCAACGUUCAAUGAAUGUUUCUUCAUUAACGACUGAUAACGACUGUUGUGAUAUACACUCAUGCAAAUGGCGGUCGAGAAAACCUUUGGAUUAUUUAAUAGAAGUCGAUGAACGCGAGGAUCAGUCGGAUGACUGCGAAAUCUGUGCUAGAGAUAGCGCAAGAGAUCCUAUUUGUAGUGGAGCAGAAGAUAUGUUGAUGUUGAGAUGAAAGAAAGUUAAGAAGCCCUUAAAAAUUUACUUUUUAAGAUUUUUUUGAAGAAUGUGAGAAUUAAUAAUAAUUAAGUUAUUAAUUGA